CUCCAAAUGUUUCAAACCUCAAUUCCACAUCCACCAUGAAUCAUUCUUCCCAACCCGAAACACCACCACCCUCUGAUUCCAUCACCUCGUCACAACCCGAACCGCCACCACCGUCUGAUUCUCUUCAUCUUCGACUCGGAGCCACCAACCACCAUCGUGUAACAAAAAACGACACCGUUUCGAUCAAUGGUUAAGGGUUUGCACAGCCAAGACCUCCCCGCCGAUGUAGCACAUGUCGUCGAUCAGCUAGAGCGCCACUGCUUGGCUCCCGAUGGAUCUCUCAUCUCCAAGCCUCUCUACAACGAUCUACAACUCGCUAGAGAGGAAAUGUGCAGGGAACGACUUCGAUAUCUCGAAGCCAUGAUUGGAUUUAAACCAUCUGCACUGUCACUUCAAUCUAAACCAAUUGUACACUUACUUUCAUUGAAAUUAUUCUGUUUGGAAGAAGUGUGUGAUGAAGUAUUGAAAUGAGGUCUUGGUACGGUGGGUCAAACUUUCGGUCGUAUACACAUAUGGCAGGGAUUGGACGAUAGGGUGGUCCCGCCAUCAAUGAUGGAAUACAUAGAAAGGGUGUUACCAGAAGCUGUAACUCACAAGCUUCCUAAUGAGGGUCACUUCUCCUAUUACUUUUUCUGUGAUGAAUGCCAUAAGAAGAUAUUCUCCACUCUUUUUGGAACUCCUCAAGGUCCGCUUGAACGACAAGAGGAAACUGCAUUUGAGAAAAACAUGGAAGAUGCUUUACAAGUAUCUGAUUCUGAUUUCUGAUAUGGAAUGAUGUGAAACUGAUGGUAUACACGAGUUUGGUUUGGAUGUAAAUAACACAGGCGGCCCCUAUAGGCAACACAGUAAAGCUUCAAAGGAUAGAGUUUUCAGUAUUCAGAAGGAUUCUUAAGUUUUGAGCCACAAAAGCUUUUGGAGAUAUAGGUAAAAGUGUGCCACCUACAUUGUAUUUACUAACCUUCCACUGUCCGAAAUCAAACUGUAUCUUAACUGCAUUAUCGGAUUUAGAAUGUUCAUCCGAUUGACCGUUAACUCAGCUGCAAAACCAUGCCUGUUACUUAGUGUCUACCACUUUAUCUGU